AUGGGUAACAGGAGAAUCAAUAUAUUGUGUUAUGCUGAUGACGCCACAGUUAUAGCAGAGAACGAAGAUGAUGCUCAAAGAUUACUGUUUAAUUUUGCGAAAGCUGCAGAACAAUAUAACAUGAAGAUUUCCAUUGAAAAAACGAAAAGCAUGGUAAUUGCCAAAAAUCCAAUUAGAUGCAAACUAGUCAUCAACAACAAAUCCGUAGAGCAAGUUAUGAAAUUCAAUUAUCUCGGUGUCGAAACAACUGCAUAUAGAGACAUAAAGGCCGAAAUGAGUAAACAGACCAAUAAAGCUUCAUUAAUCUCUGGCUGUUUACGACAGGUCGUAUGGAGAAACAAAUACAUGUCACAGGAAGCAAAAGUCAAAAUAUAUAAGACAUGUGUACGACCAAUUUCAACGUAUGCUUUAGAGUGUAGGGCAGACACUUCCAUAACAAAACAAAAAUUAAGAGCCACUGAAAUGAAAACUUUACGGAAAAUCUGUGAUAAAACUCUACGUGAUCAGAUCAAAAGCGCAGAAAUCAGGAAAAGCUGUAAGAUCCCCGACAUUGUACGAUGGGUACGAGGUAGAAGACGCGAUUGGAGGGAUCAUGUCGAAAGAAUGGAUAACAAUAGAUUGGCAAAAAUUGCAUACACGGAAAAACCAUACAGUCAACGACUUCCAGGUCGCCCUCCAAAACGAUGGAAACAAUGCUGGUCAUCAAUUUCACAAGAACAACCAUAG